UUUGUAUUUUGUAUUUUUAUUUUUUAUUUUUUAUUUUGAAGUUGCCACUGACAGGGGGGGGGCAACUCGGAUGUUGUGGAAGUAUUCCAGACCACUCAAGUGGCAAACAUCGGUUAUCUGACUCACUAGAUGAUGUAAAAGGCCAUCCCCCGACCUAGGUUCAUGAUAGUAUCUGACCAAGGGAGUGAUGAUCAUCUGGUUGCUGUUAUCGUCAUUGUUAUGAUGGAGAGAGUGUGCUGUACACUUAUUUCGUAGGUAAGGAUCUGGAGUGAAUAUCCGGUAAUGAUUAGUACCGUAAUAGUACCGUAGGGCAGGGUUAUAUCAAAUGCCUCAAUCAAAUCAUAUCAUCCCCUCGAUUCCAUACCUCUCAUCUCAGCGCAACGAGGAAAACAGGGGGUGUACUACGGAGAAAAAAGGAAUAAGGAAUCAAUCAAUCCCCAUCCAUGGAAUCAUGAUGUCAAUAACAAUCCAUUCAGGGUAACAUCCAUGUUACACGUCUUAUCCCUUGAAUCUGUUCUCAUAUCAAAAUAAUAAUGAUCAGGUACAUACUGUACGACGAGGGACGAAGGAGAAGCGGCGGGCUAUCACUGCAUGUAUGGCUUCAUCAUCCCUCUCUUAGUAUAUCAUUCUAUGAGUGUCGGCUUUUUGUCCACUACUCUAUCUGUAGCCAGUUGGACUAUACGUCAGAAGGAUAAGCGACUGCUUUUUCUGCAGAUGUGUCAGACAUGAAUGCAGGAUUGCGACAAUCUUUUAUGUUUGUUAUUAUUAUCCACUGUUUAUCUAUUUGUCUAUCUGUCUGUACCCUGUCUAUCUUCGCCUCUCCCCCUUGCGGAGAGACCAUUGACCCUUCCUUGAUUAGGAUUAAGACUGCUCUAAUGGAGAUGUUGUUCGUUGCACUGAAACUGGAUCUGGGGUGCAGAAUGCAAGUCAGCGAUGAAGAUCGUAAUCUUAAAGGGAUUGGUUGAUGCGUCACUUUUGAUGGGGCGAUUGCUUUUUUUAUAUUAGAUAUGUUGAGUAGGAUUUUCUAGGAAAUUUAAAUUUUUCUUUUGGUGUUGGGGUUCCGUUUAUUAUUAGUAUCGAUCGCAUUUUUUAGUGGUAUGGGUAGAUAAUGGGGGGUUUGG